AUGAGGCUGCUACACGGUGUAUACUUCGUCAUUUUCGCCGUCGUAUCCGUUUGUGGUGGCAAUCCCGAUGCCAAACGCCUCUACGAUGACUUGCUCAGUAACUACAAUAAGCUGGUACGACCUGUGGUGAACGUUACCGAUGCGCUCACGGUAAAAAUCAAACUGAAGUUGUCGCAACUGAUUGACGUGAACCUUAAAAAUCAAAUCAUGACCACAAACCUGUGGGUCGAGCAGACAUGGUACGACUACAAGCUGAAAUGGGAACCGAAAGAGUAUGGCGGUGUGGAAAUGUUACACGUGCCGUCAGAUCACAUUUGGCGGCCGGACAUCGUACUGUACAACAAUGCCGACGGCAACUUCGAGGUAACACUGGCCACGAAAGCAACUCUAAACUAUACUGGGCGGGUGGAGUGGCGUCCUCCAGCCAUUUACAAAAGUUCCUGUGAAAUAGACGUGGAGUACUUUCCGUUCGACGAACAGACGUGCGUGAUGAAGUUUGGCAGUUGGACGUACGACGGAUUCCAGGUGGAUCUUCGCCACAUUGACGAAGUGAACGAAACGAAUGUUGUAGAGGUGGGUGUCGAUUUAUCGGAGUUCUAUACUUCCGUCGAAUGGGAUAUCCUCGAGGUGCCAGCAGUUAGAAAUGAAAAAUUUUACACCUGUUGCGACGAACCAUACCUAGACAUCACGUUCAACAUCACCAUGCGUCGGAAAACAUUGUUUUAUACCGUGAAUCUGAUCAUUCCCUGCAUGGGCAUUAGCUUUCUUACAAUACUCGUAUUCUACUUGCCAUCGGACAGUGGAGAAAAGGUAUCGUUGAGCAUAUCUAUAUUGCUGUCCCUAACCGUGUUCUUCCUGCUACUGGCGGAAAUUAUUCCUCCGACCUCGCUCGUGGUGCCGCUGCUAGGAAAGUUUGUUCUCUUCACGAUGAUAUUGGAUACCUUCAGUAUAUGUGUGACAGUGAUAGUGCUGAAUAUACAUUUCCGAUCACCUCAAACGCACACGAUGGCACCAUGGGUCCGAACCAUCUUCAUCAACCAUCUGCCAAAGUUGCUAGUUAUGCGCCGCCCAAUCUACCAACCGCUGCAUCAUUUCAGUGCUGCUUCGCAGCGAUUUAUGUUACGGUCGUGCAAUGGUCUGGGCGAUAUCAUUCCACCCCUGCCGCCAACAAUUGCAUUCGAUCCAACGGAACUGCUAGAUCACCAUUUGCUUGAUUCCAACGACAGUCUCAACACCUGCCGGUUGCACGGCAGCCCGACCCAUCAUCUGUACAACCAUCCGCACCGGGCCGGAGACGGACGGCUCGGGCAUCACCUGAUGCGGGAUCACGGGCUGAUGCGGGACAUGGACCUGAUUGAUGACAUGCCGCUAGACUACCACGAUCACAACCACCACAACUCGCCGAUGUCACCGAUCAACCUGAACCUGCUGGGCGCAGCGAGCACGGCCGUACCGAACCGCACGCAGCUGGUCGGGGCCAGCGCGGCCAGUCUGCUCGAUCCGAACAGCAACUUCCACAAGAGCCUGACGGCGGCGAAUGCGGACACCAAGAGUGCGCCGAGCCUGAUCGUCAACAGCGUCACGGCAGCUGGUUCGGCCAACUCGCACUCGCAGUUGCCCUGCUGCAACAGUCUCUUCCUGAACGACCUGCGCCAAGCAACCACCGGCUCCGUCAUCGUGGGCGGUGCGACCGUUGAUCUGCUGAUGAGCAACGCGGGGGUCAGCUUGCCGCUCAACAACAAUCUACCGGGGGUGACCAUUCCGAGCGGGCUGAUCAUCAACACCACCACCACCAGCGAUGGUGGCGAUGGGAACGCGGCCACCGCGAAGGCGGACAAAGCGAACCGCAACCGGUGGCUCGAGUGUCCGGAGCUGACCAAGGCUAUGGACGGGGUGACGUACAUUGCGGACCACACGCGCAAAGAGGAGGAAAGCUCGAGGGUUAAAGAGGACUGGAAGUUCGUGGCGAUGGUUCUCGAUCGGCUGUUCCUGUGGAUCUUCACCAUCGCGGUGGUGUUCGGGACAGCCGGUAUCAUACUGCAAGCGCCAACCCUGUACGAUACGCGCGUACCGAUCGACAUCAAAAUGUCGGAAAUUGCCACAACGACAGCGAAGCCGUACAUCGCCAAACCGGUGCUGUAAAGGUCGCGGUGGUGCCACACACACACACACACACACACAAUUUUGUGUUCACACGUGUUCUUCUGGUGGAUCCCAGGAGCAGGAGCAUUAGGGCAUGAAACUUUAGGAUUAUUUUCUACAAAUUUACAAACAACGACGCAACGACGCAAAACGAAACAUGCACCGCCAAAGAAAGGUGUGCGGUUUGGAGCCCUAACAAGAAGUUACAGAAAAGAGGAGCACACACCGAAGAAAGAGAGAUACUUUUAACAAUAGGUGCAAGACGCGAGAUGCACAAUAACAAUUGAAGGCCAGUAGCGCACGAAUGAGAUACUUGUACGCGAUGUAACACCAUGUAUUGCUCAACGUCAUUCCUACGUUCCUACGUCAGUAUUGCGCCAUAUAGUCAUACACUACGACACACACGGCUCCUACGGUACGAGUGGUGGCUAGAAACUACGGUUAAAUACUAUACUUCACUUCUGCAUUGUUAUAAAAAUCGUUGCCAAAUUGAUAUUUCCUCCAGUACCUAAGUUUUAACUUCAUCUUCUUCUUCUUCUUCUUGUUGGACAACCGCAACCGCUGAGCGGUCUUAGCACCAGAGACAAUGUUAAUCUCGGAUGCUCUCUGUAACGGUGCGUUUUUUACGGGCGGGGUUGUUGGUCCCACGUCAACCCCCCAUCGGGAAUCGAAACCAUGCGUUCACGCAUUGGCGACGAGUAGCACAGCACAACAUUUACCGUUCCAUUGGUUUCCCUAAACCUGCACAGUGGAUACGAUCACGAAUCGAUACGGAAAGUCUCUACCAGGGAAGGGUUGUCAGCAACACUUGGCUCAGACGAGACCACAGCCAGGAACAGGGACUGUUGCUGCUGUUUGAUUCACACGCUUGUCCAGAAACUCCAGACAGGUUUCACUAAAUUUCGGACCACUGGUUUUCGACCACUGUCUGCAUUUUUUUGACAACAGUAUGAAACAAAAACGAAAACUCCUGUAAUUGCCGUAGGCUGUACGCUGUUGUGGACGCGCACACGUGGCACAGUGCCUGACGUCGCAUUACGCCGCAUUUAAAUUCGUUUGAUCUUAAAUUAUCACGCACGGGUUUUUUCGGGACGGACGGACGGUCGACCAGGGUGCUGUUUUACGUCCCCCUACAACCCCCCGUCCCCGUCCCCGACCUCGCGUUUGUCAAUUAGCAGAAAAAUAAAACAAAUAAUAGGCAACUAACUAGUUAAGCGAACAGAACACAGAUACAUACUGAUAAACAAAUAUCAUAAAUCCAUGCACGGAUAGCCGACGGAUAACGCAACGCUUAGUUGUUGGUGGGCCCGCAUGCAUUAACAUAUUGUAUUCUAAAACGAUAGCGAUUUAUGGUAACCAACAAAGGCGCUCGCUCCGAUUUUUGCUCAAAAUACGUACUCCAAUUGCGUUUCGGUUCGAAGUCUUCACUUCCUCGCAGAAUUAGCAGACCCGCCGGAACACAACCGGAGCCAGGAAAUCGCGAUACGCCCAACGCCCGGCGGCGCAUUUAUCAUCUCCAGCAGUUUUUAACUAUCGAAGAACUUUUUAACUUCUCCUUCUCCGCAACAAAAGGCAAACAGAUAUUCAGAUAUUGACAAAAUACAAGCAGAAACCAAGGUGCAAAUGAUGAACACAUAAUUAGCGGAUGAACAGGAAAAGGGUUGAGAGGACGAAGCAGAGAGAGAGAGAGUGGCAGGUGGGAAAACAGUAAACAUGUAACACGGUGCCAUAGUUUUCGGGGGUAGUUUACGGCUCACCCGGUUUUAGCAGACCACCACGACAAAAGUAGAUCAUUUUAGAAGUUUCCUCUAGCACACGGGUACAUAUGUAUAUCAGAUCCGAUCGGACCAGCGGUUCCAGAGCGGUCAUCGCCAAAUCGAGACGCGUACGCGGCAAAGCGGUUAGCUCCGGUCGCAGUAGUUUACUUGGACUUGGACGAUUCGUAAUACUUUUUUCGGUUUCUUGCUCAACUCAACGAUAUAUGAGAUAAAAAAACACAAAUGCGUCUGCGUAUUUGGCGUGCACAUUGUAGAAAUCAUCUGGCACACCAGAGCGCAAGCACACAUCGACCGACCGACAUCGAGCAAAGCAUCGAGGAAAUCCUAACUCCUCCCAGCAACAUACAACAUGAAAUCUCUGGCGAUUCUCCUGCUGGUACU